AUGGCCGAGAACAAUCUGACCAUAGUAACUGAGUUCAUCCUCAUGGGCUUUGCUGAUGAUCCUACGUUGGAGAUGCCUCUCUUCCUGGUGUUCCUGAGUUUCUAUCUAGUCACCCUUCUGGGGAAUGUGGGGAUGAUCAUUCUGAUCCAAGUGGAUGUCCAACUCCACACCCCAAUGUACUUCUUCUUGAGCCACCUCUCCCUGUUGGACACCUGCUAUGCUUCAGUCAUCACCCCUCAGAUCCUGGCCACACUGACCUCAGACAAGACAGUCAUCUCCUAUGGCCAAUGUGCUGCCCAGUUCUUUUUCUUCACCAUUAGUGCAGGUACAGAGUGUUUCUUGCUGGCAGUGAUGGCCUAUGAUCGCUAUGUUGCUAUUAGCAACCCACUGCUCUACACUGUGACCAUGAACCCCAGCAUCAGCUGGAGUCUAGCGGUGGGAGCCUAUGUCUGUGGCAUAUCGGGGGCCAUCCUGCGUACCACCUGCACCUUUACCCUCUCCUUCUGUGAUGACAGUCAGAUCAACUUCUUCUUCUGCGACCUCCCGCCCCUGCUGAAGCUGGCCUGCAGUGACACAACAAAUGCAGAGAUUGUCAUUGUCUUCUUUGGCAACUUUGUGAUUUUGACCAAUGUUUUGGUCAUCCUGAUCUCCUACCUGCUGAUCAUCAAGGCCAUUUUGAGGAUGAACUCUUCAGGUGGCAGGGUGAAGGCUUUUUCCACGUGUGCUGCCCACCUCACUGCUGUGGCCCUUUUCUUCGGGACCCUCAUCUUCAUGUAUCUGCGGAGCAGUUCGGGCACAUCCUUGGAGGCAGACAAGGUGGUAUCUGUCUUCUACACUGUCGUCAUCCCCAUGCUGAACCCUCUGAUCUACAGCCUGAGAAACAAGGAUGUGAAAGCGGCCUUCAGGAAGGUCACUGGUAGACUCCAGGUGUCCCAGAGCAGGUAA